AUGAAUGUUACUGAUGGUGUCAAUGAAGAUGUCUGUAUGGCGUUAGCUCUUAAGAAGUUUCAUACACUAGAUGUGAAAAAUAAGGUGACCAACGAGUACAACGACCUGGAGAAGGACGAGGUGAACAUCAUCGCGGGCGCCCUGGAGUUCCGCAAGAAGGUGGUGAGCGACGUCAUGACGAAGCUGGAGGACGUCUUCAUGCUGUCCAACGACGCCAUCCUCGACUUCGAGACCGUCUCAGAGAUCAUGAAGCAAGGUCCGUCGCGUGGUGCUUUCUCGCUGCCGCUUGAGAGCAGUGGAGAGAAAGUUAAAGUAAUGCUGCGCGAGAAAACGGCGAAUUUUCGGCAUAAAAACUCGUAUUACAGGGCCCCGGUAACGAAAAACGAGAUAAAUACAGUUGGCAUCAAAGGCCACAUGGCGAUAGUGCAGCGCGUCAACUCAGAGGGAGAGGGCGACCCAUUUUAUGAGACAGUGGGCAUCGUCACGCUGGAGGACGUCAUUGAAGAGCUGAUUCAGUCAGAAAUCGUUGAUGAGACUGAUGUUUGGACUGACAAUCGCUCCAAACGCCGUAGAAAUGAGAAAACGAACAGGCAGGAUUUUACAGUUUUUGCUGAGCGCCGAGAGAACCAGCGGAUUCACAUUUCUCCUCAGCUUACUCUUGCCACAUUCCAGUACCUAAGUACCGCUGUCAAUGCCUUUAAGCCUGAUAAUAUAUCAGAAACAAUCCUUCGUAGAUUAUUGAAACAAGAUGUAAUUUAUCACAUAAAAGUGAAAAACAAAGAGAAGGCUCGGAAUGAUCCUCAGUGUAUAAUCUACUCCCAGGGUAAAGCGGUUGAUUAUUUUGUCUUGAUAUUGGAAGGAAGAGUUGAAGUCACAGUGGGCCGAGAAAACAUGAUGUUCGAGAGUGGACCUUUUACAUACUUUGGUUCUCAAGCUUUGACACAAAAUAUUGGUGUUGCUGAUUCUCCUACAUCUCCAGCCCCUCAAAACCUGGGAAGUCUGCAGUCAGUCAAUCUUGAUUCAAUUCUUCGUUACACUUUUGUACCAGAUUAUUCCGUUAGAGCAAUAACAGAAGUCUUUUACAUAAAAAUUAAGCGAUCUCUAUACCUUGCUGCUAAGCGAGCAACAUUAAUGGAAAUGGCAAAGAAGGACACUCAAACAGAUUUUGAUGAUGAAGUUGAGAAGCUACUACAUUCAUUGGAUGAAGAUGAUAGAAGUCAAGGACCUAUGGAUUCUCCACCAAGUCAUCAUAUUCAGAUGGACAAAGAUUUUUUGCAACACCAGGUGGCAGCCUGUGCUGAGCGCAGCGCUAGUUUGGUGGGCAACGACAUCACAAUGUUAUCUGGCAGUAAAAGUUCUGGUUUGAGUCCACCUCCACCUGCCCACAGUGCUGGCAGCCCUGGAGGAGCCAGCAUAGGAGGCCUUAUUGGCAGAGAGCUUAAUGGCAGUCGGAAACUCAGUGCUCACCUGAGUCCCACCAAAGUGAUUGGGGAAGGCACAAACCUGCUCAUGGACGGCAAGGACGGAGAUAAAAUGAGUGAAAAGUAUAAAAGUACGAGUCCAAAGCAAAGUAUAGAUGAUAGUGAGGAACGGACCAUUCUUCUCCCAAAGCCUGCUAGCAACACAAAGUGCUAGCAUUUGAGGAAAUGUAAGGGCAGAGCUUUAAAAUACCUCUUGUUCUCUGUUGGGGGUGAGGAAGUCCUCAGGUAGAUUGUACCUUCCAAAAGACUUUUUACUGAGAAAUUUCCAGUAUCAAGCCUGGAGGAUUUAAAGAAUGGUAUAAUUAUUACACAUCUUACUUAAUUCUUACAAAAUUUACAUUAAGAGUUAUAAAGUACAAUUCACUUAAAUUUUUUAGAAUUAUUUAAAUGCAUGAUUAUAGUAUAGUAUAGUCCAUUUUAUUAAGGUUUAAUGCCAAGUAUUGAAAGUUAUUUCUUAAUUUUAAUAUUCCAGUACAGAAAUGUACUUAAUUUGUAGACUUUGUGAAUAGCAGGUUGUUAUUGUUAACAAUUUUUAUGUUUAUAUUGUCAUAAAGUAUAAGACUUAAUGUUAGGUGAAGUGUAUAAAGAAAUAGACUUAACAGAUAUCUUAAAGAGGACAAGUAUUUUUGAUCACUGUAAGCGGGUCAUCUAAAAUUGAUCUGCAAGAUUUGUUGUGGCCUCUUGUUGCUACCAGGUAGUAGCAUUCUGAGGUCAAGCAAAGUUUCAAUCUAUUUUCGAUUGUCAGCCAAAGAUGUGAUAUUGAUUAGUAUAGUGUAACUAAAAAUUAUAUUUUUUCCAGCUUGCAAACAUUGGUAAUCUGAGAUACUUUAUGAAGAUUUUUACAAUAAAUGCAGGAGAAAAUUGGAAAUAACAGUUGAUUCCAUGCCAAGUCAGACUUACAAAAAUUCUUUCGAUAAAAAAGCAAACAUGUCUGAGACAUGACUCGUUACUGAAUUCGUCUUUCACUUUACUCUAGAGGUAGAAAUUAUUAAUAAUAAUAAUAAUAAGGAAUGGUGUAUUUAUUUGUACAUAGAAUAAUUUAAAUCACAUUGCAAGCUGUAGAUUAUUACUCCAUUACAUGUACAUGAAGCAUGAAUAUCAGUAUUUCUUUACUUAUUAUCUCCCACUUACAAUGCAUGAUGACAUAGCAUACUGAAAUGCUGGUACGUGAUACUAAGCAUAAUGAAUGACUUUAGGAUUUAGAAUAAAGUGUUAGACAACAGUGUUAUACACAAAUUUACUUGAUAUGCAUGCCAAUAGCAAUUGUUCAUAAGAGCUUAUGUCUAUGAAUUAGGACAAGAAUAUACAAUAAUCAAAAAGAUAACUACAUGCAAUUUGAAAUAAAGUCCUUGGAAGUUACACAAUUGUCUCAUACAUCUUAGAUGUAUUUGUCUUGGUGACAAAAGGGUCAUGCUUCUCUAAGUUGAUGUCAAGCAUAACACAUUGCUCAUAAGUCCUGUGUCAUUGACAGGUACUAGAGAAAUAUUUAUGUAUGUUUAUGGAAAUAUGAUGUUCAAGAACAUCAUAUUUUAUCUGUCGACAUAUGAUUUCACAUGGAAACAAGGAGUAAAAUAGUUAGAUAAUUUUUAAGUUUGCUGGUAGAAGUAUUUUUGUAUUAUACAUUGAAGAAUAGUGUAUCACUACAUUUUAUUUCUUUACCUGUACUUGAUCAUUUAAUAAUCAUCUCAUGUCUGUUAACAGUUGUAGAGUAUAGAAACUGGAUGGCUUUAACAAUACGCUGAGAUGUCUAUUCAGCAAUAAAGGGAGAAUGCACUUGCUCUUUUGUCAUUGCUCUGAUCGAAAAGUAUUCAUUAAAAAUUUCUGAGACUAUUAGAUUUAGGAAAUGAAUUUCCAAAAUAAAAAUUGCUGAUAAGCCUCACAGGCGAUGCAUUGUAAGUUUCCUAAAACAGGAUGUCCCCAUUCUCUCUGAUCAUUAUGUUUAAAGUGUAAAAAAUAGGUAUACUCAAGAAUGAACUAAUUCUGUACAAAUAACAAAUGUAACAUCACUACAAUUGGAGGAUUUGGUUUUUUGCUAGUCAGGGUAAAUGUGUGUAAAAAUAUAUUUUGGGCAAUUUAAGUAUUUCUCCAGUGUAAAAUAUUUUAUUUGUACUAUUGUUUUGUUUUUUUACUCAGUAUACCAAGUUUUAGAAAUGUUAUAAAAUCUUAACAAACUGGCACUUUGUUGUUCUUAUUAUAUAAUAUUUUCAGUUGAUAUUGGAAAUGUUUUGUCAUGUGUUUUAUUGGAUCUUGUAAAUAGAAAAACCUAGAAACAAAAAUGUGAAUGUUGAAUUUCAAAUGUUUAUUAAUUAUUUAUGUGAACUCCUGUCAUUGCUUCAUGAUAUAUGUUGGUAUAUAUUGAUUGAUUUCUGAUGGCUUGCCUACUGACGCAGUAUUGUUUUAAUUUACAUCUGUUUAUAAUUUUUUUUUUUAUCUGGUGUCUGCGCAAUUGUAAAACUAAGGAUCGUGUGUGUAAAUAGCAGGAAUACAAAGGUGCAUUAUUUACAUCACAAUGUGACAGUACUCCUGUUUAUUAGAUAGCAAAAAAUUCUUCCAUCUUCAUUUAGGAAUAGAUGCUUACCUAAGUUUUAAUAAAAAUUAUUAUUUUUUGUGGCCUUGAUUUUUGCAUUAAAAGUAAUUGUACUUCUUCAUAAUAAUUCUGUGUAGGAGUUGUUCUUAUGUAACAAAUUAUAGUUCUGGUGUUUAGGUAUUUUAUUUGAAAUCGGAAGCCUGUUUUUAACUUAGAGUGGUGGUAAAUAUUUUAUAUACUUUUGUGCUCAUCAGAUUUGAUAUUAACCAGCAGUGUUUGUAAAGACAUUUCUAGACUGUUUAGGGCAUUGUGGGUAUUGUAGAGGGCCAGUAAGGUAUGUUUAGGCUCAUAUAAGUUUUGCAAUAGAACUACAAUGAAGUACUUUUAUGCUACAUAAAUAUAUUUUAUAAUUGCUUUUUGUGGAAGAUAGAACAUAUAUUUCAGAGUUAUUCACAAUGUGGAGGUGCUGUUGCGUGGACUGUUGUGGUCUUUUCCUUAGUAGCUAUAAAGUGUGGCUGAUACUUUGGAUAAAGAUAGUAAGUGUCAAAAUUCCAACAUAAAAUGUAUUUAUCAAGAUGAGUAGUAAAUUGGCAAGUCCUGGAAAGAGUGCCUGGGUGAUGAGAAUCAGAUCAUUAAUUUUCAGUAUAGAUAUGUAAUGCAUGGUUAUGAAAUAUAAUUUGUUGUUAAAGGUGCUAAUUAUUUUGCUGAGUUUGUCAAUAUUGACUGUAAUAAUAUUUUUCAUGUUUUUUGGCUAAUGUGAAUUAUUUUAAUUUUUUAUGCAUGCCAUCAUAUUUAUUGACUGGCUGUUUUGUGGACUAUGUGUAUUCCAGAAAUAUAUAUUUUAAUAUCACUUGAUUAAUUUUCCUGAAUUGUCAUCAAACAGUUGGUGUUGAUUAAAAAUAA